AUGGCGGAGUCUGAGAGAACAGAUCUAAAGUCGCCGGAUCCCGAUAAUCAGCAGACGGCGUCAACGAAGCUUGGAGGAAUUUCUGACGGUGAUGGCAAGAAUAAGACAAGUAUUUACUGCCAAAGAUGUCCCAGUCUUGUACUGUCUCCACACCAGGCUACGUUAGUCAAGAAAGAGUUUUUCCUACCGAACAUGUACCAAAAAUCAGAACGCGCUCCUGUGGAAGGAGUAACUUUAAUAGACUACUGGCGUGUAUCAGACAUGCUGACGUUUGACAAUGUUGGCUUUUCAAAAACAGUUGAUGACAUCAAAUAUUUGAUAUGUGCUGAUUGCGAGGUCGGCCCUAUAGGAUGGCACUCUGUACAUGACAAAAAGGCAUAUUACAUUGCUGUGGAUCGAGUCAAGCAUGGGCGAUGA